CGCACACCUCUUUGCCGCGUACAUUAGCAACCGAAACCUCUCCCGCUCUAAUUUACGCUCACUCGGUUACGCCCACCACCAUCGCCUUUCUUCUCGCUACUUGUUAAAGUUGUAAUUUGCUUUGCUUCCUCUGCUCUCCACGCAAUAAUUUACCAAAUAAAUAAAUAAAUAAAUUCUUUCCCAUUUAUUCACUCAACCCAGAAAAGCAAUUAGCUAUAAUAAAUAAUCUAAAUUUCUUGAAAAAAAUUGAAAAUUAUGUUUCUAUUUAUGAUUACUUGUUUAAGAUUUUAAUGCAGAGAUAUUAAGGGGAAAAAUAAAAUAAAAAUGGCUUCUCUACAGAUGUUGAACCCUGUGUUUUCUUCCAUUUCCAUUUCCCACUCAAAUUUUCCGGGAAAAUCUGAUUCCAGGAACAAACUUCUCAACUUCAAUAGUUGUAGAGGCUUCAAGUCCUUGCACAGCCAAAGAUCUAUUAUUCGUUGUGCAACUCAAGAUGGUGACAACAAAAACAAUGGUGAAGAGUCACCUGAGUCACUGUUUAUGAAGGAGUUGAAGAGGAGGGGGAUGACACCAACUUCACUGGUAGAGGAUGCUAAAAAUACCAAUUAUGGAUUAGAUGAGGAGAUGAAAGUAGGGGAAGAAAGGGGAAGUGUCUCCAAAAGGAAUGUUGUGUCAACUGAAUUUGAUCAAAGCUUAUCUAAUCAAAGGGAACGAUCCAUGGAAUUGAAUAGUGAAGGCCUUGAGGGGCUGGUUCCGCGGGCUAAACUGUUGCUAACACUAGGAGGGACUUUCUUCCUCAGCUUCUGGCCUUUCAUCCUUUCAACUAUAGCAUUCUUUUCUGCUCUCUACCUUUAUUUCGGACCAUCUUUCAUUCACGAUGGAAGUAAGACACCCGUUUCGCCACCGCAAUACAUAGAUCCUUAUACACUUCUGGAAGAUGAAAGGAUUUCUCAAACUGCCCCUCAUGUAAAUUGAAGGACAAGUGUUACCACCAUACAACAAAAUUCUUGGGGUUUAAAUAACAGGUUUAUAUUGUCAUAUUUCCUUCACCUCCUGUUAUCUUUGUAAAUACAAAUAUCAGCAGGAACUUCAUGCGAUGGCUCAGUAUCUUCCUUACUGUUUUUACUGGGACAAUUCCCGGUCAAUUUGGCCUCAAUUACAUAUAGAUGACUUUAUAUUUGUUACCAUUGUUUUUAUAGUCACAUGCAUGGGUUCAACUAGUUUAAAUUCUUUUCAGCAAUGGAACACUAGAAACUUAGCCGAACUACUCGUCAAAUCUAUUGCAGUCCAUAUAGUCUUGAACAAAGCUUAGAAGAGUCGAAGUUCACACAAUAGAAUAAGCAAAAACACACGAUAAAAGGAAACAAAUCAUUGGGUAGCAAAAUGCAAGCCCUCCACUCAAACAUUACUUAUUUAGUACUCAUCUUCACCUUCCUCAUCACCCUCGCCUGACUCAGCACCGACUUCUUCAUAAUCCUUCUCAAGUGCAGCAAGGUCCUCACGAGCUUCCGAGAAUUCUCCUUCUUCCAUACCCUCACCCACGUACCAGUGAACAAAGGCACGCUUGGCAUACAUGAGAU